ACUUUGGGAGUCGUUGACAGUAUAGCUCUUCUACUUCAGUCUCAUCCUCCUUCGACUAUCUAGCCAAGGUAAUGUCUGAACCAACGAAGGCCAGCUCCGGCACAAGGAACCCGAGGGACCACAGUCACCACUCGGUAGACGGUCGUCCACUCUCUCACCAUUCAGCUGCAUCCGUUGACCAUACAGUCACUUCAUUGGAUGACCACCACGCACGUUCACAUCAUUCAGACACAGGUGGUGCCAAUGGGCAUACACACUCAGAUCUUCCAUUUGACGGUCAUAUACACACAUAUAUUCCAGACAUGGAUGAGGACAGGAUCUACAUGGACUAUAAUGCCACCACCCCACUGGAGCCACAGGUGAUCCAGGCUGUUACUGAAGCCCUGCACGAGGCCUGGGGAAACCCCAGUAGUACCUACACACCAGGUGUGAAAGCGAAGAAGAUCAUUACCCAGGCGAGAGAGAACGUGGCUAGAAUGGUGGGGGGUAAAGCAGAUGAUAUCAUCUUCACCUCUGGUGGGACUGAGGCCAAUAACCUGGUGUUCCACAGUGCCCUGGAGGCCUACAGAGAGAGCUGCAGGACAGCAGAGCAGAGAGGGGAGAGACAUCGCUAUGAGAACAGCAGUACCUCAGCCUGGCCUCUACCUCAUAUCCUCGUCUCUAACGUGGAGCAUGACUCUGUCAGACUGACCGCUGAACACCUGCUGAAGGACGCCACGGCAGACGUGACGUCAGUGGCGGUUUCCAAGGUGACGGGGAGGGUGGAGGUGGAGGAUGUGUUGGCUGCUGUCCGCUCCUCCACCUGUCUCAUCUCUAUCAUGAUGGCUAACAACGAGACAGGAGUCCUAAUGCCAAUCAGAGAGCUCUGUCAGAGGAUCAGAUUUGUCAACAGACAGCGUCAACAUAGAAUCCUCCUGCACACUGACGCGGCCCAGGCCAUAGGCAAGGUGCGGGUCGACGCCCGUGACCUGGGAGUGGAUUACCUCACCGUUGUAGGACACAAGUUCUAUGCACCGAGGAUAGGAGCGUUGUAUGUGAACGGCCCAGGAACAACCACACCACUCUACCCCAUGUUGUUUGGAGGGGGACAGGAGAGGAAUUUCAGACCAGGCACUGAGAACACACCAAUGAUCGCUGGCCUUGGAAAGGCAGCAGAGCUGGUGAACUCUAACCUGACUGAGUAUGAGACUCAUAUGCUGGAUACAAGGGACUACCUGGAAAAACAACUAGAGGCGGUCUUUGGGAGAGAGAGGAUACAUUUCAACAGUCAUUUCCCUGACUCCGAGACCCUCCCCAACACCUGUAACGUGUCCAUUCUGGGUCCUGGACUACAGGGGAGGAAGGUAUUGUCCAGCUGUAGAAGACUCCUGGCCAGUGUUGGGGCUGCAUGCCAUUCACACAGAGGAGACAGGCCCUCCCAUAUCCUGCUGAGCUGUGGCAUCCCUGAGGAGGUGGCAGCUAAUGCCCUGAGGCUGAGUGUGGGGAGAGGGACCAGCAGGGAUGAGGUAGAGCUGGUGGUGGAGGAUCUGAAGAAUGCUGUCGAGAGGCUGGAGGGACUCAACGUUGAUUGAUUGUUUGACUUAUUGGUUGAUUGAUCUACAGAAUAUACACCUGAUAGUACUGUGAAAUAAUGUGCUGUGUUGCAAACAGUUAAUAAUUUAAAGCAAUAUCUUGUCAAUUCUGCAAUGAGAAUGUACACCUUUGUACAUUUACAUUACAUUUUAGUCAUUUAGCAGACGCUCUUAUCCAGAGCGACUUACAGUAGUGAAUGCAUACAUUUAAUAUAUAUAUAUUUUUUUGUACUGGCACCCUGUGGGAAUCGAACCCACAACCCUGGCGUUGCAAACACCAUGCACUACCAAUUGAGCCACAGGGAAGACUAUAGACCUACAGUAGCUAGCUAUAUCAUAGACCUACAGUGAAAGGUGUUUGUUAUUUGUUUGUAGCAUACACCAUGUGUGUAGACCUAAUGUAUACCUUUUUGUGCUUUUAUUAAUUUAAUUCAGGAGAAAAUGUUUCCAAUGUUUAAGACUGGAAAAAACGUAUUCAAACUGACUUGAAUGAUGUGAAAUAGAUGGAUGGCUUUAUUGUGCUUGCUGUCAGUCGUCAGCUUCGCUGGUUAAUACUUAAUCAGGGGAGCUAACAGAAACUUCAUGUGAAUAGCAUAUCAGCUGUUUAAAGUUGGAGAUAGUUUGUAAAUGCUUCCGUUAUAAUAAAGCAUUGGUAUAUCAA